AACAACAAAGCGCCAACUCUUUCAACUACCUCGGUAGCUUGCUAGCCAACAUAAAACUGGAAGAUUGACGCUUUAGACCAUGUUAAUGUACAUUAUGUAAUCUCAGUGUUGUAAACGCAGUUCAGUUGACGUAUUAACGGGUCAACUUGAACCUAAUUUGCAUGUUCAAUUUGCAAACUUGUUAAAGAUUGUUGCUCACUAGGCUAGUCGCUAAUGCUAGCUAGCUAACAUCACUGACCAUGAGCUCACUAAACUACUCCUCCCCUGCUAAAGAAGAGGAGGUCUGCUGUACGGAGAAAGAAUCUCUGGCGAUGAACAUUGUCGUGAAAGAAGAAGAAGAAGAGGAGGAUAUGACUGUGAAAGGAGAGGAAGAACCUUUCAGAAUGAAAAAGGAGGAAGAGGAGGCUGUUAUAGUGAAAGAAGAGAAAGAACCUUUUAGAGAGGAAGAGGAUGCUAUCUCAAUAAAAGUGAAGGAGGAAGACGUUUUGGGAGUGAAAGAGGAGGAGACAGAAUAUCAGAUUAACACCAGAGAGGGACAUGAAUAUGGUGGAUCCUCUGGGGAGCUUCAACAACAUCCUGAUGCUGACGAGGAAGAGAAGAGUCUCUCCAGAUCAGAACACCAGAUGGACAACGCUAGCCCUUCCUCCCUCCCUGAGUCCCUGUAUCGUGCCUCUCCCGGUAGCACCUUACUGCUGGGUAUGAAGAGGUUGUCUGUGCUGCUGGUGGACUGCAGGAAAACAACGGGGCUGAGUGGAACUGUGAGAGGAGGAGCGGAGAAGAACGGAUCAGAUUUGACACAUCAAAGAGGAAAACCAACCUCGGAGGAACCAGAGACGUCCAAACCAGCAAGACGACACCUCUGCUCCCAGAUUGGAAAGAGUUUUACCAAGUUUGGAAGCCUGAACAGGCAUGAGAGGGGACACGCAGAACCGAAGACACAAAAUUGCGCCCAGUGUGGAAAGAGUUUUAGCCACUUAGGAAAUCUGAAAGCUCAUGAGCGAACACACACGCGGGAGAGGCCUUUCCAUUGCUCCCAGUGUGGAAAGAAUUUUAAGCGGUUCGACACUCUCAAAACCCAUGAGCAAAUACACACAGGGGAGAAGCCAUACCAUUGUUCUCAGUGUGGAAAUAGUUUUAGCCAGUCAGGAAGCCUGAAAGUUCAUGAGCGAAUACAUACAGGGGAGAAGUCAUACCUUUGCGCCCAGUGUGGAAAGAGUUUCAGCCAGUCAGGAAGCCUGAAGGAACACAUGAGACUGCACACAAGGGAGAAGCCUUACUACUGCUCACAUUGUGGGAAGAGUUUUAACCAUUUAGUUAGCAUGAAAAGACAUGAGAGGAUACACACAGGAGCGAAGCCACACCCGUGCUCCCAGUGUGGAAAGAGUUUUAAGAGGUUAGACACCCUCAAAGCUCAUGAGCGAAUACACACAGGGGAGAAGCCAUACCAUUGCUCCCAGUGUGGUGAGAGAUUUAGCCAGUCAGGAAUCCUGAAAGCUCAUGAGCGAACACACACAGGUGAGAAGCCUUUCUAUUGCUCCCAGUGUGGAAGGAGUUUUAGCCAGGCAGGAACCCUGAAAGCUCAUGAGCUAAUACACAUAGGGGAGAAGCAUUUCCAUUGCUCCCAGUGUGGAAAGAGUUUUAGCCACUUAAGAAAUCUGAAAGCUCAUGAGAGAAUACACUCUUGGUAAAGCCACUUAAGAAAUCUGAAAGCUCAUGAGAGGAUACACUCGGGGGAGAGGCCUUUCCAUUGCUCCCAGUGUGCAAAGUGUUUUACCCAUUUAAGAAAUCUGAAAGAACAUGUGAGACUGCACGCAGGGGAGAAACCUUACAAGUGCUCAGACUGUGGGAAAAGAUAUUGCUCAUCACAGUCACUAAAACGUCACGUGAGAAUCCACACAGGAGAGAAUAAUUACUUAUCCUAGUGUGUAAAUUGAUAUUUCACAUCACACUGACUUAAAAUUCAUCAGAGAACAUACACAGUGCUCCCGUUGUCUUAUAUUGUUGACUGACAAUGUGUUAACCUGUUUAAACCAUAUGAAAUUGAAUUGUACCAAGUAUACUCAAACAUAUAUUUUUAUGUUUUUAUUAGAAAACAUUGAUUUAAUAUGGAGUUAUGUCAGUUUCAAUGUAGGGUAGAUAAGAUUUCAUGUGUUUAAAUGGUCCUUUUUAAAACUCUGUGUGUGUGUUUAUCUGGGUGUGUCAUUCCUCCAGCACUACAGAUAAUCAAGUGAUAUUUGUAAGUCGCUCUGGAUAAGAGCGUCUGCUAAAUGACUUAAAUGUAAAUGUAAAUGUAAUAUUUGGAUGUGAUGCAUUUGUUCCAUUGUUGACAUCUGCAUUGUUGGCCCACUGAUGAUUUAAUGAAAUGAAAAUAUUCAGACUGUAAUGGAAAAUGUUAAUUGUUUGUGUGUCCACAUAACUGAGUAUGUGACUAACCUUGUGAAACUGUCCUAUUAUAAUCUCCUGUUCUUGGGAGGAUCAUCCUGUGUUGCAAACCAGCUGCACCUGCAUCCUUGUAUGAAUAAAGUCCCGCCCAGGAACAGGAAACUAUAAAGAUAUGUGCUCAUCACUCAAUGCUUCAGGAAUUCAGACUGUCUACACUGCACUGUGUAACUCUGUUAUUCUCUCUGAGCUCAGAAAUAAAGCGACUUGGUUUGACUUGGACUCCACCCAACUUGCAACCUAAAUCCAAUGACAGUUGACAUUUUGUGUUGAUUUCAUGUUGAAUUCACUUUAGUU